AUGGGCUCCGACCAGAACAAGAGUAGCUGCUAUAGUGAUUUACUGAUUCCGCCAUUUCUGGUACUGUUUGUGCUGCAAUUCGUACCUUAUGUCGGAGCUCAAGCUUCAGCUCCCCCAGAUGGGAUGCCGUAUGCUGAUUUCAACCCUUCGAUUAUCACCAUAAUCGUAAUCCUGGUUGCAGCUCUCUUCUUAAUGGGGUGCUUCUCGAUUUACAUCCGUCGGCGCUCAAACGAAGGCGGUGGUAUCAUCCGUAGAGUCUCCAUACGCCGUGCUGCUGUGGCAUCACGCGGUCUCGAUUCAACGGUGAUCGAGACGUUUCCGACCUUCGUUUACUCAUCCGUGAAAGGGCUUAAGAUUGGUAAAGGUGCACUUGAGUGCGCCGUGUGUCUUAACGAAUACGAAGAUGAAGAAACUCUCCGGUUGAUUCCGAAGUGCGAUCAUGUUUUCCAUCCCGAGUGUAUCGACGCUUGGUUCGAGAAUCACGUCACUUGCCCUGUCUGCCGUGCGAAUCUCGUUCCUGAUUCCGGCGAGUCCGGUAACGUUCCUACGGAGGUGGAGUUAGGUGUUUCCGGCGAUGAACAUCACCGGACAACCGCAGCUGGUGAAGAAAACGACGGCGUUUCUGGUUCUGUUUCUAUUUCCAUUGCUGAAGAUCCUGUAGUCAACAUACAAGAGCCGGCGACGCAAACUGAGUCGCUGAACCGGAACCAGAGUGGAAAACAGAAUCGGCCACAGAUAUUCCCGAGGUUGUUCGACAAGUUUAGAUCUCAUUCGACCGGACACUCGCUGGUUCAACCGGGGGAGAAUCUAGACCGGUUUACGUUGAGGUUGCCGGAAGACGUGAGGAAGCAAGUCGUGAAUCGAGCUCUGCUAAACCGGAUGGGAAGCACUGUGAGGAUGACAGGAGAAGGGAGUGAAAAGAAAGGGUUCAGGACGGCCGGAGUUGGUAGCGGCCGGAGAAAAUCUUACAGACGGCUGGAGAGUUUAGACCGGGUGGUGGUGAGGUCAGAACGGUGGGUUUUGUCGAGGGCACCAUCUUUUUUGACUCGAGCAUUCUCCAUUAGGUCUCCGAGGGUUGUCUCCGGCGACGGGGAGGCGUCAACGUCGGCGACGACGCCGAAAGGCUCCAAAUCGGGCGAUAAAAUUCCACUAAAUAACUUUGGACCCAAAAGUUGUUGA